GUCUCUGAAAAGAUAACUUCUGGAUCUAACGGGAUUUCUGGUGAGAAAUCCAGUAGAUCAAAGUCCAAGAACCUUGCUGUCAAAUCAAAAGCAAAUCUCAAGGGUGCUUUCUCCUUAGCUGAGCUAAAAAAUGACACCUCCAAAAAUGGAGGACCUCAUACACAGAAAAGGUAUCAACUAAAGGACUUAUCAUCGAGAUCAAUGGAUACUACUGUUGAUGUGAAGGAGAACCAAGGUCAGGAAGUAGCACAUGAGGAGAAUCCCAAGUCAUGUGAACUUGAAUAUGGAAGCUACUGCCUUUGGUUUGUUGAGCACAAGGAAGUGAUGAAAGAUGCUAUUGUGAAGAGGCUUAAAGAUCAACUUUUUAUGGCAAGAGCCCAUUAUCCUAGUAUUGCAAAAGUGAAGAGCCAUGAAAGAUUUACACGUGAACUGAAGCAAAACAUUCAAGAACAUGAGCGCAUGCUCAGUGAUACCAUUGCAGAUGAUGAUCUUCCACCGUUGUUUACAAAGAAGCUAGAGAAAAUGGAGCACACAAUUGAAAGGGUCAAGUCAUGUGACGUAGGUUGCUCUAAUGUUGAACGGAAACUUAGACAGCUACUUGAUCUAACUGAAGAUGAAGCUAAUUUUCACACAAGGCAGAGUGCAUUUCUAUAUCAUCUCGGGGUCCAGACUAUGCCGAAAACUCACCAUUGCUUGAACAUGAGAUUGACAUUAGAAUAUUUCAAAUCCACAUCUAUUCACACGGACCAGUUAAAUGAGCAAAGGCUUGAUAGCCCUACCUUCCAUCACUAUGUAAUGCUUUCCAGGAAUGUACUUGCAGCUUCAACUACUAUUAACUCAACAGUUAUGAACUCCAAGGAUUCUGGCAGCAUUCUUUUCCAUUUGUUUACCAAUGCGCAGAACUUUUAUGCGAUGAAACAUUGGUUUUACAGAAAUUCCUAUCUGGAGGCUACUGUUCACGUAACUAACAUUGAGGAUCACCAGAUGCUCUAUAAGGAUGGUGAUUCUCUUGAGAUGCAACAAUUAUGGCCUACAGAGGAAUUCCGUGUCACGUUUCGUAAUCAUUCUCAACCUUUCCAGAGGCAGAUGAAAACUGAAUACAUUUCUGUUUUUGGCCAUUCACAUUUCCUCCUGCCUAUUCUUCUCCCUAGCUUGAAUAGAAUAGUUGUUCUGGACGAUGAUUUGAUUGUCCAGAAAGACUUGUCAUCUCUGUGGAACCUCGAUAUGGGCGAUAAAGUGAUAGGUGCUCUAGAGUUCUGUGGAAUUAGAUUAGGUCAGUUGAAAUCUUAUAUAGAGGAACAUAAUUUCGACACUAAUUCAUGUGUGUGGUUCUCUGGUCUGAAUGUCAUUGAAUUGGAAAAGUGGAGGGAUCUCGGCGUUACCAGCUUGCAUGAUCAAUCGCUCCGCAAGGACAGUUCGUUAUCACAUCGACUUAAAGCACUCCCUAGAGGUUUACUUGCCUUUGGAGACCUGAUAUAUCCUUUGGAAGAUUCAUGGGUUCAAUCAGGUCUUGGAUAUGAUUAUGCAAUUAGCCGUAUCGAUAUAGAAAAGGCUGCUACUCUGCACUAUAAUGGCGUCAUGAAAGCUUGGCUUGAUCUGGGGAUACAUGAUUAUAAGAACUAUUGGAGGAAGUAUAUGACUCAUGGGGAGAGAUUCAUGACAGAAUGCAACAUACAUCAAUAG